CUGAAAUUGUUGUGAUGUAAAGAUUACAAAAAUAUAUUUAUUUCUGUACUAUUAUUUGACUGUGUCACAUUCUUAUAGGAGCCACGGGAAUUAGGAGAACCAGCCCACCAUGCAAGAAGACCUAUGAAUGCAUUUCUUAUUUUUUGUAAACGACAUCGUGGUUCAGUGCGGUCUGGUUUCCCACAUUUAGAAAAUCGAGCAGUCACAAGGGUUCUUGGGGAAUGGUGGGCCACCCUUCAUCCAGAUCAAAAAAGUUCAUAUACAAAUUUAGCACAGGAGUACAAAGAUGCAUUCUUGAAUGCAAAUCCUGAUUUUAAAUGGUACAAAUUACCGGCACCUCCUUUACGUACUUUGAAUACUAGGCCUACAAAUAAAAAAACAGAAACAAGUUCUAAUGAGCAAGUUAUAGAAACUGUCAAGUCCGAGAAUGAGUCUUCCGAUUAUUCAAAAGCUGACAAGCAAGAUGGACAAUCAAUUCAGCCGGGUAAAUUAGCAGAUGAAUCCCAGAUUGGUGGCCUCAGUUCUUUGUUCACACCUCAGAAACUGCAAAUAACUGACGAGCAAGCAAUUGUGAUUGAAAAUGAUAAUGAAGUUCCAAAACCUCCUCAGAAAAAAUAUGCAGAUUCGUCGUUUUCACCCGAUCAGAAAAAAGAAUGCAAAGCUGAUCUUUUUGAUGCAAAGAAAAGGAGAAAGUCUGAAUCGAAUAACAAUGAGCAUCAAUAUGACACAGAUGAUGACAAAAUGGAAAUAAGUAAUUUUAUAACUACAAAUAUGCCUUCAGAAGAAACUAAUUUUAGAAGCGAACGAACAUGCAAAGGUUUACGUUAUCAAAAAUUCCUUGCAGAGCAAAUGAAGAAUAUUAAUGCACCAGGGCAGCAACCGAAACGAAGACGACAAACUGGAAAUCGUAGCACUGAUGGACAAACGAACGAAAGAAGACAUUCUAUUUCAUCGAAUGUCAGUGAAAAAACUGAUUCUUUGAGUAGUGAAGGUGGAAAUAGUUCUCGUGGUGAAUUGGAACAUCUUGUAGAAAGUGCCGAAGGGAAUAUUGAAGCUUCAAAACCAGAAGAAACAGAAACAGAAGGUGCAGAAGGAGAAUUAGAUUUUGGACCAUGGACAGCACGUAAAAGAUUUCGAGCUGAGGAUUUUAAUUUAGAAAAGAAAAUCGAAGCAUUACCAUCUUUAAGUUUAGAAGAAUUUCAGGAAAAGAAGAAACAACAACGUACGAAAAAGAAAAAAAUCGUACAAAAGUAUAAAAACAAUUUCAACGCUAAUGGUCAAGCGAAUGGUUCAAAUAAUCGAACAGAACAUGAAAAUGAGGAUAUCGAGAAAGGGCUUCUGGUUGGAAGUCAAAAGAGGAAAGCACGGAAACAGAGCAUUACGCGUAAUGCAGCAGCUAUUAAUGAUUCCACACAAAUUGAAGCAGAUGAAUCUAAUAAAUCAUGGUGUGCGUCGCCGGACUUGGAAGCGCUGGCAUGUCUUGCAGCAGUUGCCGCCAACAGAACAAAACUUACGAAAAACUAAUAUACAUAAGAUAUAUUUUUCGAUGUGUAGCGGCUAUUCGCGAUAAGAGUUUGCACUAUGCAAAGCUAAAACCAUAUUCGUUUAUUUCUUUAA